AAGGGGAGUAACUCCAGAGAAAGAAAUGGCAUCUCCUAUCUCAGUUUGCAGUGAGGAUUAUGAUGCAGCUGAGACAUUUGCUGCGGCUUUAAUGGAUCAGAUUGAUAACGAAUCUGUUGAUAAUAUGGUUGGCGUGCAGAGAGAUAUGUUAUCAAGAUUUGAAAAGACGAAUGAGAUGUUGAUAAACUUCAAUAUACUGUCAGCAAACAGGUUUGCUAUCACAAGCCAACAGUACAGAAGACAUACACAACUCAUGUAUGAGAUGAAAAGGGAUUUAGAUUCCAUUUUUAAGAGAAUACGGGUUAUAAAAGAUAAGCUUGGAAAGUCAUAUCCUGAGUCAUUCAAAGUUUGUGGCAGUUCAGCACCUAUUUUAGAAGAUGAGGAAGAAAAUGAAGAAAUUGUUGCCAUAUCAACAAGUAAGCAAGACCAGAAUACCACUGUUAAGCAUGAAAAUGACACUGCUGCUUUGGCAACAAAUAAUGGUGCACAGAAUUCUACAGUUAUGGAGGAAAGUGAAACUGUUACCAUAGUAACAAAUGAAAAGGAUCAGUUUCUGGAUGUUUCCAAUGGGAAAGUGGUGGAUACUUCAGCAAGCGUGACUGAUUCCAAAAAUAGACCACAUUCUAGUGCAAAUAGUUCAAAGAAGAGCAAGGGACAUAAGCAGGCAGUUGAAUAAAUAGUUUCAAGUAUCUACUUGAUAGCUAAUUUGCAUUGUGCAAUAUUUUGAUUUUAGAAGUGUUAUUUUUUUAUAUACCGGGUACCUAAAUGGAUAUAUUAUGUGACAGGGCUGGUCAUUUGCCUGACUGUAAGCAGUUUAGUUUCCAUUCAAUACCUCGAGAAAGCUCAGUCUGGAUGGUCACAUUGCACAUGGGCAGUGAAUGACAACUAUUUUGAGGUCACAAGGUCGGAGGUCAUAAAAUUUACAUCAACAAUGGAUCUCUCUUGAUUUUUAGGUUUUUAAGUCAAAAGUUGUAGUCUUACUAAGUGGUCCAAUGUAUAGAUUUUGUGAUGACCAUACACUUUAGUAGACCACCAAGUGUGAGAUACAGCCUCUUUACACAAAUGAUCUUUUAAUAAUAUAUUUGUUCUUUAAAAAAAAGGAACUGAAGAAGUGGAUUCUAAAUAGAUGUGGUUGCAGGAAUAAGUUUUGACUAUAUUUAAAUAUUUAGAAAGGUAACAUCUUCAAUCUAUUAUUAAUUUAAAUUGAUAUUAGGAGAAAGGUUAGUGUGCAUUUGACCAUGUAAAAUAUUAUUCAAGUGUAAAAGGUUUUGGCUCAUUAACUAUAAAUUUAGAUUUUCUUUUCAAGUUGAAUUUUGACACCUGCUGUGAAAACAUCACGAAAGUAAAGGAAAUGUGAAAUUGUAUCAAAACACUUUAAAAACGUAUAUGUUUUGUCUUUAUGGUUAUUUUUGAGUUGCAGUUGCUGUUUUAUAGUUUAUCAAUAAUCUGCUUGCCCACACAUGGGGUGAAAUUUUUCAAAAUCAAAAUGUUGAUUUCCAGUAAGAGUGAUGUAGAAUGCAUAUAUGUGACACUAAAAUGAUAGAGUGAAAAUAAGUGUUAGAUAUUGGUAAAAAUGCAAGAACAAUAUUGAUUUUCUUGAUAUUUUGAGAAGCAUUACUGUAACAGCUGUUUACUGCAAAAUAUUUUUAGUAGAUCUAAUUUUAAAUUAUUAGAAUAUCUUUCAAAAUUCAUACGUCAUGAAGUAAGUACAUGUACUACUGGACACUCAUGGCCCUUACAUUUUAUUGCUUUUUUUAAAGAAAAUGAUUACCAGAAAUAUGUGAAAAAGUUGCUUUAUUCACCUAAAAUAUGUGAAGAAGUCGCUUUAUUCACCAUCAAAGAAGCCUCUGUUUGAUAGAUCAAGCUUAUAUUUUACCUUAAGAUCAUUGAUGUUAAUGAGAAAUUGCUUAACCUUUAGCAUGCUAGAUAAAUUGUGGUCUGCUGGAAAUGUCGUCUGCUAAAAUUGUAAAGUUCAUUCAAUUUGCUCCAAAAUUGGAAGAAAUAUUGUCAGAGUAGCAAACAGCUUGGAACCUGAUCAGACGCCGAUUUAAUCGGCGUCUGAUCUGGUUCCAAGCUGUUUGCAAAGGCUGUUAAAUUCGCCUGCAGCAGGCUAAGGGUUAAACUUACUCCACAGUGAACUGAUUUUUCAAUUUUCAAAGUUAACAGGUAGAUAAUGUUAUGCUUUGAUGUACAUGUAGCGGCAAUUUUUAUCAUUUGUCAUGAUGGCAUUUUAAUACCAUUUUCAUACUUCAUCAUAAAUUUUGUUGAAGUAAGGAACUUCUGCAUGCAUAUACUGUACCAGUAUGUGGUAUAAAUUCAGUUUAUGUUAAAUAAAAGUGUUAGAAAAUAUGGAUAUGCCCACUUGCAUCUGAACGACAUUUGUCGUUAUAAUGACACUUCCAAUAAAUUCUAAGUUAUUUCUUAAGCAAUAGUCAUGCUAGUCUGGGCAACUUAACAUCAUUGUAGGCAAUGCUAUGUAGUACUAAUGCUAUGUUUAGCUGAGCUUGCUUAGUGGGCAAGUUGAUUCAUUAACAGCCUGAGAGACCAUGAAGAUCUACUGAAAAAGUUACAUGUAUAUAGUGUUAUAUCUGUUGAAAGAUAUCUUUUACACAUUCAUUGAUGGUAUGAUAUUUAUGUUUUGUUCUUUAUAUAAAUAUUGAUGUUAUGUAUAUAGCUUACAGCAAGUUUAUUCAAUGAAUUAAAAAAAAUCACCUU